AUGAAGGACGACGAUCCUCAACAUCCAAACAACAACCAUCAGUGGAAUUUCCGGUCCAAUUCUGAGUAUGUGAAGUCGUUUGUACCAGAGAGUGUUUACGUGCAUGAAAUCGAUUGGAUGGUGAGAGAUCUUCAACUAUAUGUUCCUGAUGUGAAGUUGUAUUACCAUUUUAAGAUUCCUGAGUUAGAUUUAGAUGUUGGAUUAUGUCCUUUAGGUAAUGAUGGUGAUGUUAGGCUUUUGGCCAAAUAUGUUGCAAAAAACAAAGUUAUUAAGGUGUUUAUAGAACAUGGGGGUGCUGUUAAUACCAUUCAAAGGCCUAGAAAAAAGAAACUUAGGGUAUCAAAAAAUCUGUUACUUCAAUGGAAAGAUGUAACUGAUGUAGAAGGUUUAGAGGCUGCUGAUAAGGUAACUAAUGAAGUUAUAAAUGAUGAUGUUGAAGAGGGUAACACGGGUGGUGUAGAGGCUGUUAAUGCAGAAGGUAACACAGGUGGUGUAGAGGCUGUUAAUGCAGAGGGUAACACAGGUGGUGUAGAGGCUGCUGAUAAGGUAACUAAUGAAGUUGUAAAUGAAGUUGUAACUAAUGAAGAUGUAGAGGCUAAUCUAGGUGGUGUAGAGGCUAAUGUAGGUGGUGUAGAUGCUAAUGUAGUUGUGGAGAAUGCAUCGUUCAAUAACAGUUUUAGCUAUGAUUUUGACAAUGCAAAUUUCUCAACUGAUUUUCCAAUAGAUGGUGAGUCUAGGCAAGCGGAGGGUGAUGAGUCUGAGGUUGGUCAGUCUAAGCAAGCUGAGGGUGGUUUGUCUGAGCAUGAUCAGGGUGGUGAGUCUGAGCAUGAUGAGGGUGGUGAGGCAACUGAUGGUGCUGAGGCUGAUGAUGAUGAAUCACCUGAGGGUGAUGAUUCAGAUGAUAGUGACUUUGUAAAGGGGUUAGAGAGCAUGGAUGAGGCUGAGUAUGACAUGAUGGACUACCAUGCAAAUGUUGACAGGAGUGUGGACUUUAUGGGAGCUGAAGUAGAGUCCGUUGGCAACCAUGAUGUGGAUACUAGUGAUGACUUAUUAGAUGAUGAAAAUCUAAGUUAUGAGUCUUUUGACAGUUUGACUGAUGAGGAAAUGGAAGAUUUCGAAACUAGGAGAAGUUUGAAAUUAAGAGAGUUGAGGAGGAAAAAGAGGGGUGGACAAUCAACAUCCCAAGUGACCUUUUAUGUUGGUCAGUUGUUUCCAACAGCCAAUGCGGCAAAAGACAAGAUAAACAAACAUGCAAUUGAAACAAGGAGGUCACUGUCUUUUCUGAGAAAUGAUAAAAAAGGAAUUAGGGUGGUUUGUGAGGGUAGAUGUCCAAUUUUCACAUGUGGGCCGAAUCAAACUGGGCCCAGCCAAAGUGGGCCUGGUAUCCAUAUACAAUCUGCAACUUGCCAAAAAGGCAAGGAAUCUUCUGCAAGUGGGACAAAAAAGGGGUUUAAAAAGGGAUUGGUAGAAUGCAAUGAUAAAAGGAAGGGUAGGUUAAAUAGUGUAGAUUGUCCUUGGGUUUUGUACUUGUCUAGAUUGAGCGAUGAAGAUGAGACUUGGGUGGUAAAGACUUACCAACCAGAUCACAAGUGUCUCACAUCCAGAAAAAUACAGCCUUUCACUUCUACCUUCUUGGCUAAAAAAGAGUUUGUGAUGAAUCAGAUUGCAGCCAACCCUAAUAUUUCAGUAAGUAGGCUACAAGAAGAGCUUGGGAGGAAGUAUGAGCUGUCCGUGACAAAAAUGAAGACUUUCAGGACAAAGCUCAAGGCUACAAAAAAGAUUGAAGGGGACUUCAAAGUUCAGUAUGCAAGCCUCAGGGACUAUGUCAUGGAACUGCACAGGACCAAUCCAGGUACAACAGUUAAAUUUGUUGUUGAACCUGAGUGUAACCCACAUGCACCCACAAGGAUCUUCAAGAGGAUUUAUGUUUGUCUGGGACCACUGAAAGAAGGGUUUAAAGAGUGUAGGAGGGAACUGUUGGGGUUAGAUGGGGCAUUUAUGAAAGGCCCCUACCCUGGUCAGAUGCUAACUGCAGUUGGUUUAGAUCCCAACAAUGGCAUUUAUCCUUUAGCUUAUGGAAUUGUUGAGGCUGAGAACAAAGGCUCCUGGAUCUGGUUCCUACAAUGUAUUAAAGAUGACUUGGAUCUUCCAGAUCAUGCAAAUUUCACCUUCAUUCCUGACAGGCAAAAGGGAAUAAUACCAGCCAUAACUCAGGUAUUUCCAGCAGCUGAGCAUAGAUUUUGUGUAAGGCAUAUAUGGCAGAACAUGAAACUUCAAUGGAGAGGAGUUGCCUUCAAGGAUUGUCUUUAAAAUGCAUCCAAAGCUUAUACAGUUCCAGAUUUUGAAGCAAAAAUGGAGGAGUUGAGGUUGUACAACAUUGAAGCUUAUAAAUGGUUGGCAAGUAUUCCACCCAUUCACUGGAGCAGGUCUCAUUUUACAGGUAGGGCACGAUCUGAUGUGGUGCUAAACAACAUGUGUGAAGUCUUGAAUGCAAGGACAGUCAAUGGUCUAGACAAGCCUAUUAUUUCUGCUUUGGAGUUUGUCAGAGAGUAUCUAAUGCAGAGGAUUGUGAAUGUUCUCAGGAAGAUUCGGCAGACAAAUGGUCCACUUACUCCUAGAGUUGCAAAGAUUUUUGAAAACACAAAGAAAGUAGCUGCAAAUUAUAAUAUUAGGUGGAGUGGUGGGACAAAGUAUCAAGUCAGUGGCAAGGAAUCCGGGACGUCGAGCGGACACGCCGGAGGAGAUACACGCGGAAAAGGGGCGCUUUAAAGGUAUGGAUGAGUUUCCCUCGGAUGGUGAUCAAGCAUGUUGUCAAGAACCGAACACGCGUUUUGAAGCUUCCGCACUAAAUAUAACCAUGUCUAGAACUUUAUUAUGUUGUAAACACUUUUGUUAAUCAUGUUUUAAAUCCCUUAAACUAGUGAUUAGUUACUAGUAAGGGUUAACUUUUAACUUGUUAAGCACUAUUGUACAAGGUUUGGUAAUUUAAUGUGUUUGUGUGGUCCUUAAAGGAUGAAAAAUUUUUAUAAAC